CAGAGGAGGGUGAGUUUAGGGAAAGACGGAGCCUCCCUGUCAAUCACAAUUAAGGAACCAUGGGAGUAAACUGGUAGGGGAGCUCGGCGGAACCACUGUGUUUACGGGAAAGCUUGAUUUAUUUUGCGUAGAAACGACAACUAUGCACCAGUACACUGUGGGACAUUUACAUCUUAUCUCGCCAACUGGGAAUCGCUCCACUUUAACGGCAAUCAACAUGAGGCGUCACAUAUAACAACAAAAACUUGGCGACUUUCAGUUGUGCUGGCGUCAAUUUUUUUUGUUUCAUUUUGGGCAAAAUACACAAACGCUCAAUGGUAUUUGUAUAAAAGGCGUCGCCGCGGAGGUUUAUCAUCACUCCAAGCCCAGGAUUUAUUCGUUUAUUUGACUACAACUCGUGGAAAAUCUGGUCUGUGCAUUUCAGACAACUGCCUUGUCUGUCGGCACAAGAAGACACUCCCAAAACACACGAAGCUCAAACUCCAGAGAGAGAGAGGUAGAAAGGAGCAGCUAUGAGUGGGGGAGAUGUGGUGUGCUCGGGGUGGCUGAGAAAGUCUCCUCCUGAAAAAAAGUUGAGACGUUACGCAUGGAAGAAGCGGUGGUUUGUUCUUCGCAGCGGCCGUCUGACGGGCGACCCAGACGUGUUGGAGUACUACAAGAAUGACCAUACCAAGAAGCCCAUCCGCGUGAUUGAUCUCAACUUGUGUGAGCAGGUGGAUGCUGGGCUGACAUUCAACAAGAAGGACUUGGAGCACAGCUUCAUAUUUGACAUCAAGACCAUUGACCGUGUCUUCUAUUUAGUAGCUGACACAGAAGAAGAGAUGAAUAAGUGGGUUCGCUGCAUCUGUGACAUCUGUGGUUUUAACCCCACUGAUGAUGAGGCUGCAAAAGCUGCUCACCAGUCAGUCAUCGGAAGCCUGGUGGUGGAUACCCCCCCACACCCAGCACUGGGGAAUAUUGUUGGCCCAGCAGCAGGGAUACUGUCCAGCGUGCCUCCUCCAUACCAGCCAGUCAAUGUGCGACACCUGGACUCUCAGUCCAGUACUGAAGAGCCUCAGGAUUAUCUGUGGCUGGUGAACUGUGAGAGUAAAAAGCCUGAACCAAACAGCUCAGUACAGCUCCACUCUCCAUUGGAGGGAGACCAGGAGUAUUUUCUCCUGGAGGAGUGUGAGAGCAAGACUCUUCCUCCACAGGCUAGUCUAGCCCAUGCUGAGUGUUCCAAGUCUACCUCUUCAGAGACGGACCUGAAUGACAACCUCCCCUCUCACCGCACACCUACAUCCUCCACCUCCUCGGCCAAACACUCCUCGCAAAACGGCUUCUUCCCUCAGCACCCGGCCCCUGCCUCUGCCUCUUCCAUCUACGACUCUCCUCCGUCACGUGGUGCCUCACUCUCAACUGACAGCGGCCUUUACCACCUCCCUCGCAGCUACUCCCAAGACACUGUGCUGCUUCCAAAGUCGGCGUCCUCCCCCCUAGCCCACCCAGACAGUGGGGAUGCCUCUGAGCUUUAUGUCUUCAACACACCGUCACGGAAGCCGUCAAUGGAGACACAGUUGCGCAACCUUUCCAUCAGUUACGAUAUUCCACCCACGCCCGGAGCGAACUGUACCUACCAGGUGCCCCGCACGUUGUCAUCGUCGACAAGCGUAGGAGGCUCAGAGGGUGGGGGAGAUGUAGUCCCCCCUCCAAGACCACCAAAGCCUUCACUCAGUUCGACCUCAGGACCCCCACCACCCCCUGCUGAGCGCUCACCUACGGACACCUAUUGUGUGCCUCGCUCAGCCUCAGAGACAGACGGGAACUACUGUGUGCCUACUAGUGCUGGGAAUAAGGCCUUACGCAGCAACACUAUAGGAACUGUGGAUUGUUCACGCCUCCGCAAAGAUUUUGGAUCCCAGGAUUGCUACGAUAUUCCUCGAUCAUUCCCCUCUGACAAAAGCUGCUCGUUUGACUUCAACGAAAGCUUCAACAGCUACUUCAAAAGCAAAGGCAUGAUGCCAGUGGGCAGCCAGUCCACAGAAGAGGUGGACCAGAACUACGUUCCCAUGAGUGCCAACUCCCCAUCACAUCAUCACUCAGGCAGUUUGUCAGAACCAAUGCACGAACCCAACUAUGUGCCCAUGACUCCCAGCACCAUGGAGUUCUCCUCUCUGGGAAAACAGGUCCCACCACCAGCCCACAUGGGAUUUCGCUCAAGUCCCAAGACCCCUCCUCGCAGGCCAAUGAUCAGUGACUGCCAGCCCCCACCCGUGGACAGAAAUCUCAAACCUGAUCGAAAAGGUCAGAGUCCUAAAAUAAUAAGAGCAAAAGGUGUUGGUUUAGAGCGAACCGACUCUCAAACCGUAGGUGAAUUCCCAAGGGGACGACGCAAGGGAAAACCCGCUCCACUGGAGAUCAAACCACUGGCUGAGUGGGAGGAGCCCUGUACACCUGUCCGCUCACCUGUCACACGCUCAUUCGCUCGGGAUUUCUCUAGGUUUCCAAUGCCAGCGAGACCCCCAUCAGUGCAUAGCAUGGCCUCCAGCACUGACUCCGAGGAGUGUGAAGAGAAUUAUGUAGCCAUGGUCUCUAAUAUGUCCACAGAUGAACCAAACAUGAAGCUUGUUCCACCCAUGACCACGGAUGGUGGUAGCAGCCCCAUGGUGAAACCAAAGGGAGACAAACAGGUGGAGUACCUGGAUUUGGAUCUUGAUCCCGGAAAGUCCACCCCACCCAGGAAGAUGAAAAGCAAUGGAUCUGGUAUGGCAGCAUCAGAUGAGCGCGUUGACUAUGUAGUUGUGGACCAGCAACGGACACAGGCUCUUAAAAGCACCAGGGAGGCCUGGAACGAUGGGCGUCAAUCCACAGAGACGGACACGCCGUCCAAGGGACCCAAGUGACCCUGAUGUCCUCACCGCCAAAAACCACCCUCCAAGCCCCCAAACCAUUGGGCCAUUUUCACUAGUGUUGGCCCUGGUGUGUGCUUUGGGGUGGGCCAGCUCUCACGUUCCACUUCGACAAGACCCUUUGUGUGUGUGUGUAGGGGCCAGUGGAGCUUCUUAGCCACUCAACUGCUUUUAGUUUACACUGCUGUCAGGCUGAAACUGCACAGUGUGUACAGUUGUGGGAAGAGGUGCAGGUCACGAAUAAGCUGUGUGCAGUAUGAAAGCAGAUGAAAUGACUGGACUCGUCCUUGGGGUUUGACAAAAGCAGACUCAUGAACUUGAACAUUCACUGCCUCCUGUAUUGGAUUUCUUUUCCCCACCUUUUAAUGGCCGGUGGACUGAUCCAGACUUAACAUUUCCUUAAAUUAUAAUGCUGUUUGUUGUUGUUUUGAAGUGUAAAUGAAAAAAAAAAAAAAAAAAAAAUCACUUGAUAACGUGACAUUCAAAAAUAUGACAUCAAAAUUCAAUGCAACUCUGUAACAAGCUAACAGUGUUGGUGUUUCAGUUUAUCCUGUUUGAGUGGGGUGAAGUUUCCAUGGACACUGUUCACAGGUCAUUUCCACCAUUUCUUCACUUUGUCCUGGCAGAUGGCUGAAAUUUUAACUGUUAACGUCACACCAGAGUCUUUUAACCAUUUUCUUUUAAUGCUAAGGCAGUUGAAUUUGUUCAUUUUACAUGUAACCAAGUGCUCAAAUGAAGCUUUGGCUUCACACAAAGAUAAAUCCACUGAACAUGAUUUGAUUUCCAUUUACUUUGUAAGUGGAUAUGCUUUAAUCUGUUGAAAUGGAAGUGCAAAGACUGUACAAAAGUGUUAUGUAAAAAGUGUCCUUUAUUUGUAUGGAAUAUCCAGUGUGUUUGGCUCGAAGGUAUGUGGAUUCUGCAGGGUAGAAUCCUGUGCCUGUUUUAGGUGGUAUCAGGACUAGUGAGUAAUGAAUUACUGUGAGUUUUAGAACGUGACAGGUUUUCUAUAAGUUAUACAAAGGUAUCCAACAUAGGCUACAGUGAGAAAAUAUCAGGUACUUUAAAAUGCAAACUAACACAACUAUCCACUUCUAAUUUAUUUCUCAAGUUAUUUCAUCAGGUGGAUGUCGUAUUCACUUUCAGCUCAGUAUUGUUGAUUCAUAUGGAGGAACAUUUGCUUAAGUCUGUUGAGAUGCUUAGUUUGACAAGCUCUGGUCAAUUAGUUUCACAAGUUCUCCCCUUAGGUUUAAUUUAAUUCAAAAUGAACUGGCAUACAGUGUUGGGAAAGUGACCACCUCCUGCAGUCACCUCGAUACAACUUUUAUAGACAGUGAAAAAUUCGUUGUCUGCAUCAAACUGUGCUUUAUUAACCUGUGAACUCUGUCAGAAAUCCCAAGCAUGUGCUGCCACAACGUAAAGUCAUUGCUGUACAUAUUUCGCCGUCGGUUGGAUUAACAUGUAUCAUUUGAAAAAUGUGCCUACUAAGUCGACUUCGUUCUACUUUACUCUUUCUAUGUUGCGGUCUCUUUGUGAUGUGGACUGCAAAGCUGAUGACGCUUUAUCUUUUUUAAUGAAUCUGAACAGAAAAUGUAAAUUUUAAAAAUGGACUAAAUAAAAUCAAACCUCUGA